GAAGAAGAAGAAGAAAAUGAAGAGAGAGAGAGAAUUCAUCGAACUAUCGGAGGACGAGUGGUCCCACCACUCCGAUUCAUUCAAACCAUCUCGCGUACUCAAACCCAAACCCCAAAACCCUCCUCCCCCAAUCGAAUCCUUCGCUUUCUCCAAUCCCCGCGCUAACGGCGCCGCUUCCAAUUCCGUCCACGUCAUCGACAGUUCGUCCUCCGAAGAGCUCGGAGACGCGCCGCCGCCGCAUCCCGCCGGAAACCGCAUCAACGAAUUCGAGGAUUUGGAGGACGAGGACGCCGACGUGGUGGUGAGUAAGAGGCCCGCGAGUACGGCUACUCGCGGCAAUCGCUUUGUCAUCGAGGACGAUGAUGAUGAUGAUGAUGAAGAGGAUGGAAAGGCCGGCGAUUUUAGUGACCGUGAGGUUUGGUUGUCGGAGGCGGCGGAGGAUUUGGAAGAUGAAGAAGAAGAAGAAGACGUUGUUAAGAAGGCUCUGCUCAAGUGUGGGAAGAUUUCGGCUGAGCUGAAGAGGGAGUUGUACGGUACAAGCGUCGCGGCUUGCGAUCGGUAUUCGGAAGUGGAGUUGGGUUCUGCUGCAGCUAGAAUUGUCACUCAGGACGAUGUAAACGAAGCGUGCGGAGCUGAGGAUUCAGAUUUUAAACCGAUUCUAAAGCAAUACCAGCUUGUUGGGGUCAAUUUUCUUCUGCUUUUGUAUAGAAAGAAAAUUGAGGGAGUUGAAAAUGCAGCUAUAUUGGCAGAUGAGAUGGGUCUUGGUAAGACUGUCCAGGCCAUAACUUAUCUGACCCUGUUGAAGCAUUUGGAAGAUGAUCCUGGGCCUCAUUUAAUCGUUUGUCCUGCAUCUUUGUUGGAAAAUUGGGAAAGGGAGCUCAAAAAGUGGUGCCCGUCGUUUACCGUGCUUCAAUACCAUGGAUCUGCGCGGUCAGCUUAUUCGAAAGAGUUGAACUCUCUGGGGAAGGCCGGUUUGCCACCGCCAUGUGAUGUUAUUCUUGUGUGCUACUCACUUUUUGAACGCCACAGUGCGCAGCAGAAAGACGACCGCAGAAUUCUCAGGCAUUUUAAAUGGAGUUGUGUGCUAAUGGAUGAAGCUCAUGCUUUGAAGGAUAAGAGCAGUUACCGGUGGAAAAACUUGAUGUCAGUAGCAAGAAAUGCAAGACAGCGUCUGAUGCUGACAGGGACACCGUUGCAAAACGAUUUGCAUGAGCUGUGGUCGAUGUUGGAGUUUAUGAUGCCCGAUCUUUUUCAAACUGGAGAUGUUGACUUAAAAAAGUUGUUAAAUGCAGAAGAUGGAGACUUGAUUGGUAGAAUGAAGUCCAUUUUGGGGCCAUUCAUCUUAAGGCGGUUAAAAGCAGACGUAAUGCAGCAGCUAGUUCCAAAGACGCAGAAGGUUGAGUAUGUUCACAUGGUAAAAGAACAAGAGGGUGCUUAUAAAGAAGCAAUUGAGAAUUAUCGUGCUAUAUCUCAAGCUCGUAUGAAGUCUUCAGAAAGUUCCCUAGUUAAUAUAGCUCGGAUCCUUCCUCGACGUCAAAUAUCUAAUUAUUUUCUCGAGUUUCGUAAGAUAGCAAAUCAUCCUUUAUUGGUUAGACGCAAUUACACAGAUGGUGAUGUUGUUCGUUUUGCUAAAAUUUUGCACCCAAAAGGUGUAUUUGGUUCAGAAUGUACAUUGGAACGUGUAAUCGAAGAGCUUAAGGGCUAUAAUGACUUCAAUAUUCAUCGGCUUAUGCUUUACCACGGUGAUUCUCCUUCAGAUGGAAUUCUUUCUGACGAACACGUUAUGUUUUCCGCCAAGUGUCGGGCAUUGGCUGAGCUUCUCCCUGCACUGAACCGCUGUGGGAGUCGUGUUCUUAUUUUUAGUCAAUGGACUUCAAUGCUUGACAUAUUGGAGUGGACUUUGGAUGUGAUCGGUGUCACCUAUAGGCGGCUUGAUGGAAGUACGCAGGUGACAGAGAGACAGACAAUAGUGGAUACAUUCAACAAGGACACUUCUAUAUUCGCAUGUCUGUUGUCCACAAGGGCCGGUGGGCAGGGUCUGAACUUGAUCGGAGCAGAUACUGUUAUCAUUCAUGACAUGGAUUUUAAUCCCCAGAUUGAUCGACAGGCUGAAGACCGCUGUCAUCGUAUUGGUCAGACUAAGCCCGUCACAGUUUACAGGCUUGUGACAAAGGACACGGUAGAUGAGAACGUUUACGAGAUUGCAAAAAGAAAGCUAAGACUGGAUGCUGCUAUGCUGGAGGCUGGAGUAGAAGACGAGAAUGAAGGUGAGGUGCCCGAUAAAACUAUGGCUGAGAUUUUAUCUUCAUUGUUGUUGCGAUAACUUUACGUCUCUAGGCCUCGCUUGAUAGUUGAUUCACACUAAAUUUCUCCCAUUCCCGAAUAGGUCUAAAUUCUGUGCUAUAUUAAAUUUUAGUAACGAUGAGAGUCCGAUUAUAAGUUAGUCGAGUAUUUGAAAUU